UGCAGCGAUCAAAUUACGUCAUACUCAGAUGAUGUCAUAUCCUGUUAUACGAAGCAGCGCCGCUGACGCUAAAGGCUGCGGGGAACAAACAAAGAGGCGGGUGUGUAGAAAUGUAACAUCGACUCAGCGUUUUAAUUAAAAGCCUGACCGCUUGUAACACAUUUUUUAAUGAUAGAUACGUUGUUAGUUACAUCGGCGUUUUUCUAAUAUAUGAUACUAAAUACUACGGUUAUAAACCUGUUUUUUCUGUGAUCAGCUUUUAUUUUGAAAUCUGGUCAUUUCGGUGAGUUCUUGAGGAUUUUCUCCUGAAUCUGUCAAAGAUACACAGGGUUACCGCGCAGCAUCCGUGCUGUUAUUGAACCCAGUUUCGAGUUUGUUUUAUCGAUGGAUGAUCAGGAUUCCUGAAGGGGAUAUUUACAGAGUGAACUACCCCAGCAUGUCAGCCGAGGAGGAGGAGAGGGGGGUAGUUCGAGUCAAAGUCAAGAAGUAUGAGGGAUUGCAGCCAGUGGAAUUCCGCUCUUUUGCCGUUGAUCCACAGAUCACAUCAUUGGAGGUGUUGCAGCACAUCCUAAUACGAGCCUUUGAGCUGAAUGGAAGGCGUAAUUUUGGCAUUAGUUACCUGUCCCGUGAUCGCAUGGGAACAGAGGUGUACCUUUCCCUCCUGUCUGAUUGGGAUUUAGAUGCAGCGUUUGUCAGUGCAGCUAAGCCUUACCUCCAGCUUAAGAUGGACAUCAAACCUUCAGAAGACAGUCCAGUUCUUGAGGACUGGGACAUCAUAAGCCCGAAGGAUGUGAUUGGCUCAGAUCAGCUACAGGGCGAGAAGAGGUCACUGACAUCUACGGCUCUUCCCUUCACCCAGUCCCUGCUGUCCCAGGUUACUGAUGAUGUUCUUCACCCAGUCAGCCAGCUGUUUUACCAGCCAGUCUCUGCUGCGUUCAGUCAGAUGGGUCGGACAUUGUCUAGGGUUCAGCAGGCGUUAAGCUGGUCAUAUGGGGAGGAGGUUAAGCCAUUCAAGCCUCCAUUGAGUGAUGCAGAAUUUCACAAUUACUUGAACAGUCAGGGUCAGCUGACACGGCCAGAGGAGUUGCGGCUCCGCAUUUACCAUGGCGGGGUUGAGCCUUCCCUGCGCAAGGUAGUGUGGCGUUACCUUUUAAAUGUGUACCCAGAUGGCCUGACAGGACAGGAGAGGAUGGACUACAUGAAGAGAAAAACGAGAGAAUAUGACCAGCUGAAAAGUGAGUGGACAUCCAGGGUGAGCCCAGAGGAUCUGGAGUUCAUUAGAGGAAACGUUCUAAAGGAUGUGCUUCGAACUGACCGAGCCCAUUCAUAUUAUGCCGGCUCGGAGGACAGUCCCCACUUGACUGCACUGACUGACCUCCUCACCACUUUUGCCAUCACACACCCGCAGGUGUCUUAUUGUCAAGGUAUGAGCGAUAUUGCCUCUCCGAUCCUUGCUGUCAUGGACAAUGAAGCACACGCCUUUAUUUGCUUCUGUGGUAUCAUGAAGCGCCUCGAAGGCAACUUCCGCCCUGAUGGCCAACUAAUGUCUAUUAAGUUCCAGCACCUUAAGCUGCUCUUGCAAUACUCAGAUCCUGAAUUUUACACCUACCUGGUCUCCAAAGGUGCUGACGACCUCUUUUUUUGUUACCGCUGGCUGCUUCUUGAACUAAAGCGGGAGUUUGCUUUUGACGAUGCACUGAGGAUGUUGGAGGUGACCUGGAGCUCUCUGCCUCCAGAUCCACCUGAGACCGAGGUUGAGCUUCUUGGAUUACCGCUUGAAGCAGAUGAGUCCCCGAGUCAUGACAGCAGCUACCCAAACUCAGAGAAUGAAAAUCUGGAAAAAGAACAGACAGAGCAGCGGCGGCGACACAUGUUGAGGCCGUCCCGAGAAGAGGCAGAUGGAGGACACUGUCUCGGAUUAGAGGAAGACAGAAAGGAAGAGAAGCCAUCUUGUGGAGAGGACAAAGGAGAUUAUGGUGUGGAUUGUGUGGUGAAAACUGAAGACCCUGCUCCAGCACCUCUUUUUGAGAAGCAGUCCAGUUUUGGAGAAUUUAAGUACUACAGUGCACGAAACGAGGACAGUUUUGAAGCUAACGAAAAUGAACCAUCAGAUCCUACGUUAUCUUCAGUGAAGUUUCAGUCCACACGUUCAUUACCUCUCACGGUCCGCCAGUCCACAGAGGACAGUGAGGAUGAUCCUGGUGAGCGGCAGCCUUUGAUAAGCGGGAAUGACCAGCUUUCAUCUCCUCAGACUGAGGAGAAAAACUCAUCCAGUUGGCAAACCGUUUCUCCCCUUCCUCCAAGUUUACUGAACUUUAAAAACGGCUCUCAGUUUUCUGCAACAUCUCCUUCAAUGUCCAGCUGGAGAGCAGUGUGUCCUGAUGUUCCAGGAUUGAAGUCUGUCUCCUCUUCAUUUAUUGUUGGUAGUGCUGUAUCUCCUGAUAAGGCUUUGGGGAGAUUUGUGUCUUCAGCUGCUUUGUCUAAUGGAACUGGAUUGCACUCGCCAUCAACCCCCACAGGGAAGUCUGCACUUUCCUCUCCAUCCCUGGGCAACAAUCGCUCACUGCUGUCUUCCCCUGUUUUAUCCUUUGCUAAAUCUCCAUCACUACCCAAACCAUUCUCCAGCAACCUUUCAUCCCCAUGCAAACUUUCAGGAACUGGUGCAAGCACUCCAACUACAGGCAAACCUGAUGCUAGUGGUGUUAAACCCUGUUCCCUUCCUCCUCCUCAAGAGUUUGGGAAGGGCAAUCCUUUCAUGCUGUUCUUGUGCCUUUCCAUCCUGUUGGAGCACCGUGACCAUAUCAUUAAAAAUAGUUUGGAUUAUAAUGAGCUGGCCAUGCAUUUUGAUCGCUUGGUCCGCAAGCACAACCUUGGCCGUAUUCUUCAGCGUGCCAAGGCCCUUUUUGCUGAUUACCUGCAGAGUGAAGUGUGGGACUCAGAGGAAGGUGACGAGGUCAGCUUGGACUCACCAACCACAGCUGCAUCCUCACCACUAACACUCCCUAAAACCAGUUGUUUGCAGUCCACAAUGGCCUCCUCCCCAAACUCUACUUAUAAUCUGGCCUCUACAAUCCCUUCUCCUACAACCCCCAAUGAUCUCUCUCCCUCAUCGUCCUGAUGAAUUUUAUCUGAACAAGUUUCAUCCCCACGAGAAAGCAAGUCAUAAUCUAUUAUAGUGUUCAUGAUAAACUUUACCGGUUUUGUUUACGUGGCAAACCAAAGCUGGACAAGCGCUUCUUUUCUUAAUCAUUCUGCUGGUAUUAGAUUUUUUUGCACAGUAUGCUUAUUUUUCCUGUGUGACCACGGCCUUUAAGAUUUCUUUUCUACACUUUUGCAUGCCACUUAUUGUACUGUAUGUUACUUCUUGCACUUUACUCUUUGUCUAAUUUGUGCUUAAACUGUGUAAAUAAAAUCCCUGAAAAGAACGGCAUGACAUUUGACAGCAAUGCUGGAUUGACUUUUACAAACCUGUAGACACUGGUCCAGUUAAUCUUCACUAUUGCAUCCAUUGAUGUUGAUUCAAGAUCCCAUUGAAUGAUUUUAUUUUGGUACAUCUCCAAUGUACAGGAAAAUAACCCAGUUAUUCAGGCCUAAAUCUGUUCAGAUUGAUAAGAUUGCAUUUCCUGUUUGAAUCAGAUGUCUUCUUUGAUAUCAGUUGGAACUCUCCAUUUUGCUUAGCUGAAUAUAAAUGUCAUGGACAUAUUCAUGGAUUGGAUUGUGUAAAUGAUGGUUGGAUUGUGUAAAUGAUCACACUUAUUGCUCUGAGAGGCCAGAAUAAUUUACUGGAUCUGAAUCAUAAAUUAUAUUUGGUUUUGUUUUGUUUUUUGUUUUUAUAUCUGAUGCAUUUGCCUAUGGUUGUUCCAUACAGCAAGACCACUGGCAGGUGGAUCAGCAGAAGAUUACUGUGUAAUUUAUUAUUCACCACUAUUGUCCAAAAUGUACAGCUCAAAUAGUAAUAUUAUCCAAAAAUGUCUGAUAAACCAGUUUUGCCCACUCUUGUUUAAAACUGACUCAUUUGCUUGAACAGUUGUUUUUAAUUUAUUGACCUUAAAUGAAUACAAUGGAAUAUAAAAAGUCUACACCCUUUGUUAAAAUAGCAGGUUUGUGUGAUGUUAAAAAUGAAACCAAAAUUAAUCAUGUACCAUCUUUGUCCACCUUUAAUGUGAUAUAAAAAUCAACAAAUUUCAAGUGAAAAACAAAUGGAAACAUUUUAGGUGGGAAAUGAAACAAAAAACUGUUUGGAUAAGAGUCUCCUUAACUAAUACUUUUUAUAUAAAACACCUUAUGUUUGUAAUACACACUCAGUCUUUUUGUGUAAGAGUCUACCAACUUGGCACAUCAUUUUUUCAAUCUUCGUUGCAAAAAUGCUCAAGAUCUAUCAGAUUGCGAGGGGAUCAGCUGUGCAUAACCCUCAUUCUUUAAGUCAUUCUACAGGUUUUUGAUUAGAUGUAGGUCUAGGCUCUGACAGGGCCACACCAAAACAUUGAUCAUCAUCUUCUUCUGAAACCAUUCCUUUAUUGACGUGGAUUUGUGUUUGUGUUUCUUUCUUCAUCUUCAGCUGUCUAAUGGAGACCUGCAGGUUUUGUGCUGGUAUUUGUAUUGGCAUUUGGAACUAUCCAUAAUUCCCUUUACAGUCCAUACAGAAUUCAGAGGUUUUUUUUGUGUGAUUGGUGGACCAAAAAUCCUUGAUUUUGCUAAGGCUUUUUUCAAAUUUUGUAAUGCAAUUUACUGCUUUCUUGCGAAAAACUACUUGAAUUGGAGAAAAUGCAAUUGCAUGAAAUUGUUUUGCACAGUCUUUCGCGGUGAUGUUUGUUAGUAAAUGAGCUGUACUCAUGUUUGAUGCACGUGAAUCGAAGAGGGCUUUGGCUGAAUGCAUGUUGUGAUGUCACAUGAGGUGUCUUGUUCCAAAUCUGCAGAAAAUCUGUGGUAAUUUUAAAAAAUUGCAAGCUCCUCCAAAUAUUGUGGAGUUUGCUUCAUUUGCAUUCAUUUCUGUAAUCAUGAUCAUGCUCAAAAUCAUGAAUUCUUGGAGGGUCUGUCUUUAUCUUUACUAGAACCCCAGUCUCAGCUGAAGAAGCAGCCCCAUAGCAUGAUGCCUCCCUGGCAAGUUUUCAUCUUGUCCUUUCAUCAAUUUUGGAAAGACAUCUUGUUCUUGGUAAUUUCAUUGUGGUCCACCAUUUUCUCCACUUGUUAAUAGCCUUCCUGGUUUUCCAUGGUACAUCUAAUACUUUGGAAAUUCUUUUGUAACCCUCUCCUGAUCUAUACCUUUUGACAGUGAGAUCCUGUACAUGCUUUGUAAGCUCUUUGCAGACCAUGGCUUCAGCAGUCAGAUGAAACCAAGAAAAAGUCACGAAAAUUCUACAGAAACAGAUUGUUUAUUUGGGGCUAAUCAGAAUCACUUCAUUGAUGACAGUUGUAUGAUAAUUAGUUUUGAACAUGACUUUAGACUUGAUUGGUUAAUUCUGCGCACAUAUGCCCCAUUAUUAAAAAGAUGUGUAUACUUUAUAUUACCAGGUUAUUCUUUUUUUUUUUCCCCAAAAACUUAUUUUUAUUUAUCUUAUCUUGGUUUCAUUUUUUUACAUCACAAAAUUUGCCAUUUUAACAGCAGUGUAUAUAGUUUCUUAUAUCUUUAGUUUUCACAGAAAGCAAAAUAAAUGUAUCCUCAUAUUUUAUCAUUCCUCAUGUUGAAUUUGGGAUUCCAUACAUGUCUUAACACCAAGUGUUCUUUUAUUUUUCUUUCUUCUAAGAAGUGUUGAAAUCCUUUAUAGACGUGGGCCAAAGGAAUUUUCCUUGAAAAUGCAAUCAUUGUGGGCCUUCUGUGUUUCCUUUUAAAAGCUUUAUUGAACAUUAAAUUAUUCCCAUAGAGAGGUUUGCGGGACUGAAUGCUAGCAAUAUCUGUAUUUAUACAAUAAAUUCAUCCAAGACCAACUUUGUAUCUCGCUGAUUUUUAUAGUAUGUGAGGGUUUAAUAUAGGAAAAGUAAUAAAGCAAGCAAAUGUGUUUAAAAAAAUGGGCUACAAAACAUUGUAUGUAAUGCGUGGUCUGUUUGGAUGAAAAUUAGCCGGUAUCAGUGUGAUAUGCCACAGCCACCUCUUAUUUGUUAAUAUACAGAUAAACCAACUUAGUUUCAUUUACGGUUUGAACAAGUAACCUUAAUUUCAUAAGGUUUCUAGGCAUUAAAUAACAUUUUUUAAAAAAAAUGUUUAAUAAGGCUAUCACUUGUCAUUGUAAGACUCAAUGGGUAAGUUAUUUAUACUGUCAUAAAUGGCAUUGUUCCUUCAUAUUUUUGUUGCUCCCCCAAUUACUAAUGUAAUAACUACCAACCUAAUCUCAUAUGAAAUUAUAGUGACCAAAAAGUGC